UGGCGGUUCGUCGUUAAAUUCGUUCAUUUCGAAUCAGCGAGCUGUCGGUGCGAUUCGUAUACGGUUUUUUUUCGUAAUAUUUACGAUAAGAGUUUAAAGAUUAUUUUGUUUAAUAAAUACUUAUUCUAUACUUUGCUAGUAAUUCUAUGAUAGUUCAGAGUAGAACAAGUGAUAUCGCAGCAAACGAUGAAAAAUAUUAUGAAUAUACCUAACACUAUGUUUUUUUCUUUACUUAUAUUCGCGUCGUUGACGGAUGCUUUCAGUUAUUAUUUAGCUGAUUUGACCAUACCAAACCCCCGCGAACAGUCAGAAUACAUUUACAAAAAGUGUUUGUCAAUGAACAAAAUUGUCUACGAAGACCGCUGUUGGGACUUAUUGACUAAAGGACCGUGCGAUGAGGGACAGUGGUUGGUAUUGGACAAAGUGGCAGACGAAGUGCAAUUGCAGGAGCCGCGUCCCUUGACAGCCAAAUGCAAGUUACGUCGGUGCAGUGAAUCAGACGUGUACUGGCCGCGUGACGGGUUUUGCCACGACGAGGAAACGGCUCGACGUGAACGGCUGUGCGCCAGCGCUAACACCGUGUUGGCCAUCGACGGGUACGGCGACGGUUUCUGCAAGUGCGUCGAUGGCGGCAAAGUCCCCUACGUACGCGUCGUCAGUUCCGGAAAUGAUGACAACGACUCGCAGCCCUGCUAUCCUGUGUACUCAAAGGGUCCUUGUCCCAGAGAUCACGUGCUAACGCCCUAUGGAGACAUGUACGGCGUCUGCGCGGUGGACGAUUGCGCGGAGGAACGCCGCCGGUGGGCCGCCGCCGAUACGUCGUCGCAACGGUCGGGCGUGAUGAUGCGACAACAACGCGGGCAGCCGACCUCGGUGGCCCGCUGGACCGACGGACAGUGUUACGAGCUGGGCACGCGGGGCCCGUGCACCGGCCACGAGCAGUUGGCCGUGGUCCGCGCCACGACGCGGCCGGAAUGCGUGAGGCUGUCGGUGGAGCUGACGGUGUUGCCCAAGACGACGGACCGUCCGGGAUGCGAGACCGACCACUGGGGAAACUGCGAGACGGGCGUGGAAGUGUCGACGACGCCGGACGGGCUGAGGGACGCGUUGCUGAAGAACGCCAAAAGGUACGGCGACCAGACGACACGCCGAGCCAACAACGUGCACGGGGUCCGCCGCAGCCGUCUGUAGUCGCGCCGCCGCCGGUGCGGGUGACCGCGUCACGCGCGUGUAUAGGCGCACUACUCGUCUGCACACUAUUGCAGUAUAAUAUAUGAACGACGAUUUUGGCGUGUUUAAGAUUUUCAGGAGUGGACGGAGAGGGAGUCGAAAAUCGACCGUCGCGGUGCGGGUCGUUGGACAAAACAUUCGUUUUAUACUGUAUAUAAUAGUGGUACGACAAAAACGAAUUUAAUUUUUAAUUUUCAACUCGACUUAUACGCACGUACAAGUAAUAAUUACAUUAUUUUGUUAUUUUUUUUCCAUAUACUUUUAUUAAUACGGCACACGGUUAAAUAUUAAUUAUAAAAUCGACUCCGCGUAGUCUUCUGUUUAUAGACGAUAUAUAAUCAUUUAAUAAUAAUAUGGUUUGCUAUCCCUUCCCGAUAGACGUAUACAAGUACAAGUAUCAUGUCGGUGUUCUGCGCACGUAAUAGUCUCACACUAUUGUACCGAAUAGGUAUAAUACAAUCACCUGCGCCCUAUAAUAAGUGUCCAUACUACGAACGGCCGUGAUUGGUGACGUUGCUAGCUGUUAGUAAAUGAUUGGAACUCGGAAGUACAAAUUAUAUAGAUUAUAACGAACCUCUAAAAAAUAAUAAACUAUAAUAUUUUAUAGUUAUAGUAUACUAUUUUAUAGUUUAUGACUUUUUUCGCUAAUAUUUUAAUUUAAAAUAUUUCGUGUUCACUUUUUUCUUCGCCUUAAUUACCGCCUAAACUAAUAGAUUUUUGGUUAAAGCUCAAUUUUUUUAAUUCGCAAUAAGUAUGUACAAAUUAUUAUAGACUAUAACUAGUUAACACCAAACGCGAUACCGUCAUGUAAACAGUUUACAAAAAUAGUAAUAUUACUAAUACAAAUAUAAUAAAAGUAAACGAACAUUGUCGUUUACCUCACAUAUAAAGUAUUAAUUAUAUACAUUAUAUAAAUCGAACAGAACGGUAUCUUUUUAUUAUUACAAGCUUAUAGAAUUAAUAACAUGACAUGUCAUACAUCAUAAUAUACGUCACACAGUUAACACUCUUACAGAUAAAAAUUCAAAAUAAUUCGCAUAUUUCUAUUAUCAGAUAAUAUUGUUACAUAUUAUGUUUUUUUUUUGUACAAUUCAUGAAAUAUAAACCAUACUCGUCUCUUUUUUGACGAUUUAUUAGCCGUGAUUUUUGUCAUGGAUAUAUGUAAAUGUUAAAUAAAACGCAUUUUAAUGUCAACGUUUGUAUGAAAAUUCAUAACUAUGUUAAUAUAUUUUCAACAAAUGUUUCUUUUUUUUAAAAAAAAAUGUACCUAAUACAUAAUAUAUGCAAUAUACGUUAUUUCAUGUACUAUAUAGCUAUCUACUCGUAAAUCUAAUUAAAUAAAAUUAAAAUUAAAUAUUGCUUUUUUUUAAUAUUAUUACAAUUCUUUAUUUUAUUAUUUUUAUAAAUGUAUCUAUUAUAAAUUCCUAUAUAUGGAUAUAUUUUAAGUUAUAACAUAAAAAGAAAAAUACUUUCAAGCAUUGGAAACAUUUUUACUUAAAUAUGGAAAAGAAAAAUAAUCUUGAUUAUUACUCUUUAGUAUAUUAUACAGAAUAUUAAAUAUUUACUAUACUAUAUUAUAUCGAACCAGAUGAUAAAAACAAUUAUUACAAUCGAAAUUAAAAAAAAAAAAUACAACAA